UGUGCAGCUUUGCAGCAAAUGCACAGCGCCGUAGAGUGUCAGUUGCAGUAGAAAUUCGAUACUAUUCACCUCGCCCAGUAUCCUAUCUCGUGAAAGAUGACGACUUGGGGAGGCAUGAAAAUGGGCUCCAAGCCUGGACAAAAAGGAGAGAAACAAGCACCGAUACGCUUCACGGACACACUAACGGCUGCCCUAGCGAACCGAAAGAACAAGUACAAAGACGUGUCGAAGGAUCUCAACAGUCUGAUCAACCGCGAAGAGCUCGACGACGAGAUCUUUGUGCCGAACUACAACAUACGCAAGAUCAAGGCGAUGAUUGCGCGCGUCGUCAAGCAGCAGUUUGUCGUGCGCAACGAGGACGGCGACCUGCUCACGUGGGUGUACAAUCCGGAGAAAAACCUCGAGAUGAGCCAAUCGAUCGCGAAGGCGGUAAAGGAUCGGCUGCGCAAUCUCGCGCUGCCCCGCUACCGGAUCGUGUGCUUCUGCUCGAUCGUGGAGAAGCAGCUGCAGGGCCUGCACUACAAGAUGAAGUACAUUCUCGACCCGUACAUGGACAACUACGUGCAGCACGUGCACGAUGGGGCCAUCUUCUGGAUCAUCACGACCGCUUUUCUCGUGCACAAAGACUAAACAAACGCGUUGCACAAGAGGUGGUUACAAGCAUAUCAGGUUUCUACUUACAUUCGAGCACUCAAAGUACAGGAUGAUGUCGACCGGCGCGAUAAACUUCUCAAACUCCGGUCCCUGGGCAGGUUCACGUGGAUAGCUGAGAAUUAAUAGUAAAAAGGUGCAGUGUCAGGUUUCGCUGUCCUUUUAAAGUCCUUGCCCCACUUCGACUACUCACCCAUCGAUCAGAUAGCCGACGGUACCGUUCAGCGCCUUCACCAUGGCAGCCUCCAGCAGCUUCAGCACCGUCUCGUUCGGCACCAGAAUGCCCUGCCGCAUCAUGUCCUGCAGCUCCUUGCCCUUGUCCGAGCCGGACGCGACCUCAUCGCGCAGCAGAUCGCCGGUGCUGAAGUGCGAGAAGUUGUACUUGGCGACGAUCUUCGCACACUGCGUACCCUUGCCACAGCCCGGGCCACCCAGGACCCAGAUGAUCGGUACGUUGGCUUCACGCAUCUAAACAGGUUGUGAAAAUUAAAGGAAAAGAAAAACACACAAAAAUGCAACAAAUUUUAGAAACAAAUUUAAAUAGUAACCAUUUGGAGUGGAUUAGUUUAUAGAUCGAAAAAGGAAAAACAAGCCAUUACGUAGAGGACUGAGGCUGACUGAGCGGUACACGAGUGUUGCUUUCAAGCGCACCUGCCCGAGGCCGAUCAUUAGGUUAAGGUUUUGGGGCAUAAGAGAAGAAAGCAAAAGCACUGGGCGGGAAGUGGUAAGAGCAGAUACAAACGGCCUUGAGGUGUAACUUACGUGGCCAGUCGAGACGCCACCAGCGUUCGGUACCUGUACCGCCGGUGAGCUGCCUCCGGAUGGUGGCGUGGACGUACUAGCCUUCUCCUUUGCCUUGGAUUCUUGCUCCAGCGCCAUCUGAUGGCACAUGAAUAACUACACCGCGCAGCACAAUGCGCAUGAACGGGACAGUACAAUGAACGGGAGGAUCAAUUAAACCAGCAUGACAUGAUGGAGAUGAAGAAGGGAUCAAGAACAGGAAUUGGAGGUCACGCAUUACCUAAUUGCUAAACUAAUGAUAUCUCCCGCCUUUAGCGUCACCCAUCCCAUCGAUCGAGGGAGUGAUCUACUCAACAACAACAACAAUCAAAAUAAAUUUGGUCUAUUUUCAACACAUUUCCAA